AAGGUCUUGUUGACCAGUUUAUAACUGCGGUAAUGCAGCACAAGAAAAAGAUUUGAGACUGAUUCACUUGCUGUCCAUUGUUAGAAGAAAAAAUAAGUGGGUUUCUCUAUGAUAAUGAUUUUGGAUUAAAAAGGAAGCAAUUGUCUGAAUUACUUACCUUCAGAUAGCUUUCACAGCCUCACUGGUAUACUAAUGUAUUUAUAUGGCCCUUUCAGUUAACUGAGUAAUUCCCUAUAUCAUCCUUCUAUGGCGUUAUUUUUUCUAACAAAGAAUGUCUUUGAUCCAUAGGGAUUUCUGUAGUGAUAGCCUGAAUGCAGACAUUCUGGAGGACUGCAUUUACCUAACAACAAAAGCUAUAUGGUUUGUAAAACAUGAAUGAAAGCUAAUGCGUGUGUGAGCUCACUGGCUGAAGUUUCACUCGAGUCAGCGGAAUGGAAGUUGAACUUCAUCUCAGCGUAUUUCAGAAGGAAGGAUGCAAAUGCCGCAUUGCUCAGUAACUUUGAGGUGUUCCAGUUACUCACUGAUCUUAAGCAGCAGCGCAAAGAGAGUGGGAAAAACAAGCAGAGCUCUGGUCAGCAGAAUCUGAACACGAUCAUGUAUGAAACCCUGAAGUACAUUUCCAAAACACCCUGUAGAUACCAGAGUCCUGAGACGGUGAGAAAUUUCCUCAUAGCAAUGAAAGGCCAUAAGCUAACCAAGGCAGAAAAGCUCCAGUUGCUUAACCACAGGCCUGUGACAGCAGUUGAAAUACAGCUGAUGGUAGAAGAAAGCGAGGAAAGGCUCACAGAAGAGCAGAUUGAGUCACUUCUGCAGACAGUCACCAGUAUUCUUCCAGGGGAUCCUGAAGAACAGCAGAGAGACUCAGCAAUGGCAACUGAAGACAAAAGUGACCAAGCUUAGGAGGCAUCUAGACCAAAGCUGGCAGGAAUUUCAGCAAAAGAAAAUCAGCUAAUAUUUUUCUGGUUUUUACUUGAUACCAGUUUCAUCUUGUAUUGGACAUCAUUAUAAAAUAUGUUACAA